AUGGCACAACAGCUUCCUGUGCGGAAUACAUUCAUUGAGGUGAGGGCACCAGCUGUCAUUCGCCCCCGAUCACAGACAGAUUUUGUACCUGGCCUACCUGGUCCUGUUGAGGCUGCAACGAACGGUGCUCCAACACUUGGCCCGGCAUUGGCGCCGGCAUUGGCUCCAGCAUUGGCUCCCGCUUCUACAAUCGCUCCCGCACCCACCGCGUGUGUGGUGUCUAGCAUCGAGACCGUUGCAAGCAGGCGAUGUUCCGUGAUUCGAACGCCAGAUGUGCUAUAUCAGCGCACUCCUCUUGGAUCCUUUGCCUGCGAGCCUCCACACGGGUUCGCCUUACCACAGGCUCUGGAUGAGCUGCAAAGGCGAAGGACCAGUACGCUUAGCUCAGAGGCAGCCCGAGUGCAAACUAGUCAUUCUACCGCAACUCGCAGAAGCUCAUUGGAUAUGAUUCCCAGCACGCCGGACAUGUACUACAGUUGGCCUGUGGAUAUGAACCCUGGUGCCUUCAUGCUGCCCAGUGCUGCUCCCCCAGCGCCUGGACAGGUGGCGGCUGCCCCAGUACCUCUCUCGACUUCACAGUGUCCAAAGACAGUCACACACGCGACCCGAGCCGCCCCUGCUGCUCCAGCUGCACCAGCUGCACCAGCCACGCAGCCAUUGCUGAAGGGACCUGUCCCAGCUCCACAUGUUCCCGUUGGGAACCCGUCGGUGCCAGUUUGGGAUGGCGCCUACGCAGCAACUGCAGCACCAACUAUGCCUUUGCAAGUGGUGCAAGACCAUAAACCUCAGCUACACAGCAUGCCGUUAUGGCCACCGCCUCCUGCCAAUGUGCUGCCAAACAGAUACCCCUUGCAACAGCAAGUGCUCGUUCUCUCCAAUUUUCUACAGGAGGCGCCUCCAAAAAUGGAUGAGUUGUCCACGCAGACGGAGUCGCCAUCUUAUGAGUCCUCAUUGCAGCCAGCCGCCACUGGCGUGACGACGCUAAUGCUUCGAAACAUCCCCGUCACCUUCAAUCGAGAAGCGCUCUUGGCGGAUUUCGACGCUCGCGGCUUUCGCAGCAAGUACGAUUUCUUCUACUUGCCGAUUGACUUCCAGACAGGGAACAAUCUGGGGUACGCGUUUGUGAACUUUGUGUCCCCAGUGUUUGCCGAGCAUUUCCGUUCGGUGUACCAGGGACUGGCCCUGGCCGGCGACCGCAGCAAGAAGAUUUGCGCAGUUGCCCCUGCCACGACGCAGGGCAGGUUAGCGAACGUGGAGUAUUACCGCAACAGCCCUGUCAUGAGCAUGGAGGAAAAGUAUCAUCCCUUAGUGUUUGAGAACGGCGUGCGUCAGAAAUUUCCAGCUCCGACCAAGGCUGUGAAGCCAAUCCGGUUCAGGGAAAGCAGAGGCAUGCAAGGAGAGUGA